UCCAUCCAACCAUCACGGCCACGACUUGAAUGGGCGCCGCGCACUCCAACGCCAGCCACGACCAGCGGACACCCGGGCAGCAGCAGCAGAAGCACCACCACCAUCCUUCGUCCAUCUUGUUCACGACAUCCGACGGGUCGGUGGGGCUCACGCACGAGUUUGUUCAGCAGUAUGUUCGACACAUGCCGUUCGAAGUCAAGCAGCCGGUGCUCACACGGCGCCACGUCCGGCUGAUCGAGGCCAACUGGACGCUCAUCUCCCGCGGCACUUCGUCGGCGUACGACGAGACUCGGCACGGGAACCCUGAUAAGUUCUUCCACCGGACGUACUACAGCCUAUUGUUUGCCGUGAUGCCGUCUUGCCGGUCAAUAUUUCGGUCGAGUAUGCAUCUGCAGGGCAAGUCGCUGUUUGCGAUCUUACGAGCCAUGACAAGCAUCUUGCAUUGCCCCGACAUUGUCGACCGAAUGCAAGCGUUGGCGGGGCGACAUUUGACCUACGGAUGCGAAAAAACCGACUACACAACCGCGGGCGUGACGCUCUUGAAGACACUUGAGAUUGUGAGCGGCGACCAGUGGAAUUACGACGUCAAGGAAGCGUACUUGACGGCGUUCUGCCUGCUCAUGUACCUCAUGCUGCCGGUAAUCGUACACAACCCGCCGGCCGCGGUCACCGACAGCGUCGUUGCUACCAUCACGGCCAUUAAAGUAGGCCAGCACUCGCAGCACCAUCACCAGCAGAAGGCGACUCCAACUCCCCAUCUUGUCGACCACCCCAAACGCAAAACCAGACGCAUCACGUUAACCCAUGCAUUUCCGUUGCGCUUUCUGCCUGGAGAUGGGGUCAUCCUUGGCAUUCCAGUGCUUGACCAACCAUCCCAACCACAAGCACUCGACGCUCCAGUAUCCGACGAACCCAGCAAUCCCCUAUUGUCCACCUCCCGCCAGUCGAAGAAACCACCCCAACAGCGUACUUCCAUGGUCAAACAAUACUUUCCCAUUGCUUCAUACCGGCCGCAUGCGUCGAAUUCACUUGACAUUUACGUGCACGACGAUACCACAGGUGCACACCAUCCUUGGUUUCACUCGGUCGAGUCUCAAACCAUUGGAAACGCCGAUCUUCGGCUGUACUGGGUCGAAUCGGAUCACCAUUUUGAAGUCGACGAUGUGCCGAAACUGCCCAAGUCGGUGCUGUUUGUCAGCUACGGCCUGGGCCUGGCGCCGUUUAUGGCCAUGCUCCAAGCUCUGCACAGCGUCCGACAGACGUAUGAUGGACAUGUAGUCGUGCUGCACUGCGCCGCCACGUUAGAAGACGCUGAAGCCGACCUGUCGUUAGCGGCGUCGAGCGUGGCUGAGAUCCGGCAGUGGCCGCAGUGCUCGAUCCAGUGCGGUACCCCCGACGCGAUGCUGCCCCUUAUCUCGCUCGUGCCCAACCCCCAACAAGCCCAGCACCUGUACGUGUGCGGCCCCCCGUCGUUUGUCGAUGCUACCCAGGACACGUUCACGCAAGCGGGCGGCCUCGCCCAACAUGUACAUGUAUCGUACUAUGACAUGUACAAUGGAAUGGUCGACGGCGAAAGAGUGCCGACUCCAAAACAUCCGAGUGAUGGAGGGGACAAGCUAGCGGGGGUGUGGAAUCGCCGGAGGACAAACAACGGCGGCCCCAACCGAGUUGUUCCGUAGGAGCAAGAAGAAGAAGAAUAUUAUGGCUGGAAGAGAGUUUGACGCGAGAUUAUUAAAUAUAUAUAGAUAUAUGUUAAGUGUGGAGA